GCGCGGGCGAGGGAGGCGAGGGAGGCGCACGAGCGCGCGGAGACGCACAAGACGGCGCAGGCGCGCGCGCGCGCCCUCUCGCAGGCGCGCGCGCGGCAGCAGGCUGCGGUGCGGAUCCCGGCGCGCGCGGGCGAGCCGCUCUACCACCAGCAUGGCGCCGGCCACCAGCAUGGCGCCGGCCACCAGGCGCGGGUCGCGCAUGGCGGAGGAGGGCUGCCUCACGGCCGCGACACGGCGACGUCUUUGAAUGUUCACGGCCGCGAGGCGUACGAGGCUCACGAGCGGGAGAGGGAGCGAGAGGAGCUCAACCGCGCGCUCGCCCUCUCGCUCCAGCAGCAGCGGCUCGAGGCUGGCGUGGCUGGCGUCCCAGGCGGCGGCGGCGCGGCAGACGCGGAGCGGCAGCGGCAGUGGCAGCAGGUCUGGAGCGGGCGGGGCGCCGAGCACGAGGCUCGCGGAGUGGAGCGGCAGAUGCAGUGGGGCGGGCCGGCGGCCCAGCCCGCGGUCGCCGCGACGCGCCAGCCGCCGCACUUGCACGCCCACGCGCCGGCCCCGCCCCUCGCCGCCGGACAACCGCACAUGCCGCAGCGGCACCGCGCCGGCCCGUCGCACCAGCCGCACGCGGCGCCGCCGCUGCUCCCGUCCGCCGUGCACCCGUCGCACGUGCCCCACUUGCCGCAGCCGACACAGCCCGCCGCCAUGCCCGCUCCCGCGAGCAUGCCCCACGCGGCGCCGGCGGCCAACGUCGCGCUCCCGCUCUCGGGCAUCCACGCCGCCGCCAACCCCCCGCCGGGCCUCCCCCUGCCGGGGCUCAGCAGCGGCUUGAACAAUGGCCUCCGCGCCCCCGGCCUCAGCGGCUGCGGCCUCGCCGCACCAGCCGAGCGGCUGGACCCUUGGGCGGCCAAGCCCGCCCCCGCCGCCGCCGUGCAGUCGUGGGGAGGCGCGCAGAACGGCGCCACCACGGCCGGGACGUGGCAGCCGCUGCCGAUCGCAUCGUUGGGCAACGGGCCGCUGCGCGACCC